AUGGAUCGGCUAAAGGACCUGCUGGGGGAUCGACCGCUAAAGGGCAUCUUCACCGCGCUCGGCCUGCCGGAGAAGAUCGGCGGCGCGGUCCUCGACGUCCUGUGCUCCCGUGGGGCCCGCCUGUGGAACGUCGAGGAGGAGGCCAACAAGCUGCGCCGCACCAAGGAGCGCAUCCGCGCCCUGCUCGAGGACGCCGAGCAGCGCCGCUUCAUCGACCACGACUCCGUCAAGCUCUGGCUCCGGGAGCUCCGGGCCGCCGCCUACGACGUUGACUCCCUGCUCGACCGCCUGGGCACCCUUACGGCCGCGUCCAGGCUGGCGGCCGCCGAGCAGUCGCGGAAGCGGAAGCGGCCGUGGCCCAGCAUCGAGCUCAGCCCGUGGCGACGGUGGGAGCUGGAUGAGAAGAUCGCCCAGAUCAACGAACGCCUGGGCAAUAUCGACAGGGACAGGAAAAGGUACAGGUUGCAGGCCGGGGACGGGAGGAGGACUGCGGCUCAGCCGACGCAGCGCCCACGGUUCCUUGAAGCUGCCGCGCAUCGCAACGAGAGGCCCAUUGGCCGCAACGAGGAGAAGGAGCAGAUCGUCCGUGCUCUGGUUUCUGACAAUGCAGGCAUGGACCUCCCUGUGGUUUCCAUCUGGGGAACGGCAGGCAUUGGGAAGACAGCACUGGCACGGUUAGUCCAUGACGAUCUUGAGGUAGAAAACUUCUUCACUGACAGGAUUUGGGUUUGGUUACCAGAUACGUGUGAUGUGAGGACUGCCACCAAGAUGAUCAUCGAAGCUGUGACCAGUAAAAAAUGUGAGCUUCUAAGCUUGGACAUAUUGCAGCAAAGGCUGCACAACCACCUGCGCAAAAAACGGUUCUUGUUGGUGAUUGAUAACCUUUGGGCAGAUGGAUUUCAGUUCUGGGAAUUUCUGAGGCCCUCACUGACCGCUGGAGAGAAAGGAAGCAAGGUUCUGAUCACUACUCAACACGAAAGGGUGUCUAGGAUGAAUUCCACCAUUUUAAGCAUCCCUUUAAAGCCCUUGGAAGAUGAAGAAUGCUGGCAAAUCCUCAAAGUCUAUGCAUUGUCAGGGCGGAGUAGCAGAGAUCAGCAUGAUCUGGAGUCCAUUGGGCGGAGCAUUGCUGCAAACUGCCAAGGCUCCCCAUUAGCUGCUAAGUCUCUUGGGGUGCUUUUGUCCGACACUCAUGGAGGCAGAGAACAGUGGAAAAACAUACUGAGUGAAAUGCGAAUUCUUGAAGAUGACAAAAGCACAAACAAUAUCUUACCAAGUUUGCAGAUAAGUUAUCAACACUUGCCAUAUCAUCUCAAACAGUGUUUUGCCUUUUGUUCUGUACUUCCUCUUGGUGUUGAGUUUGAGAAGGACGAACUGGUUAGACUCUGGAUCGCCGAUGGUCUUGUUAAGAGCAGUGGAAGGAGAAGAGUCGAGAUGGAAGCAGGAAGAUGCUUUGAUGAGCUCCUAUGGAGGUCAUUCUUUGAAACUUCUGACACCUUCCCUAUACGAAAAUUUAGGGUGCCAAGUUUGAUGCUGGAGCUAGCACAACUUGUUUCUAAACAUGAAUCUUUAACUCUCGGCCCUGACAAUUCACAUAUUGCUGACCACCCUGAAUGGAUUCGUUAUGCAACUAUCUUGUGCCCAAAAGAUAAGCCUCUUGCAUUCGAUAAGAUUUAUCACUAUGAAAAUUCUAGGCUCUUGAAAUUAUUCCCCAAGACAAAACUACCCUCAAAUCAGGUUCCACCAGAACUUUUCUCAAAGCUGACUUGUCUGCGUGCACUAGAUCUGAGUUACACUGAGCUAGAUCUCCUGCCAGAUUCUAUUGGUUUCUGUAUACACCUCAGAUACCUCAACCUUCGGAAUACUCUGAUAAAGACUCUUCCAGAAACAGUCUGCAACCUAUUCAAUUUGCAGACACUUGACCUCAGGGACUGCUUCUGGCUCAUGGAUUUGCCUGAAGGCAUGAGCCGCUUAGUUAACAUGAGACACCUCUGUUUACAUCUUGAUUGGGAUAGAGUUACUGCUUUCAGAUCCAUGCCAAGCGGCAUUGACAAGUUACUAUCACUUCAGACUCUUUCUAGGUUUGUUACAGUCUCCAAAGAUGGGGGUAAAUGCAACAUUACUGAGUUAAAGAACUUGAAGAUCCGUGGAGAGCUUUGUAUUCUUAAUUUGGAAGCUGCCACACAUAGUGGUGCCAGGGAGGCCAAUUUGAGUGGGAAAGAGUAUUUGCACAAAUUGAUGCUGAAAUGGAGUGAUAACACCUGCAAGGAUGAGCAGCAGCUGGACAUAGAGAAUAGUGAGAGAGUCCUUGAGGCACUCUGUGCACAUAGCAGCCUCAAGCAUCUACGCGUGGACAACUACCCUGGAAGAAAACUCCCUUCUUGGGUAGAGAAGCUCUCAUCUCUGGACACUCUUGAGAUAUUUUCUUGCCCCAGGCUCACUCAAUUUUCCGUGGAGGCGCUGCGGUCUCUCAGAAAUUUCAGGAUUCGUAAAUGUGCUGAUCUUGCAGUUCUUCCCAGAGGCUUAUGCAGCCUGGAAUCCCUUGAUUGUCUGGAAAUCCAUGGCACUUCAAAUCUGAGAAUAAGUGCAGUGGACGUAUUGCCAAGAAACAUCUCUCAGCUGACUGUAAGUGGAUGCGACGCCCUGGAGGAAUAG